GCGCGAAAGCAACCCUGUUUAGGCGCCUACAUAGCCUCGCAAUGCAUGUCAUGCCCUGAGCCGCUCCAUUAAAGCUCUUUCCCCCACUCAAUGCCGCCGUGACUACAUGCUGUGAAAGUCCUCACCGCCCCUUCACGUUCCCUUCACAACACGCGCAUAUGUAACUACUGAUACCACCAGGCGCCCCCUCUACUGUGCGACUCCACUCCAAUGGCGCUUUUUACGGGGCGUACCCCCGAAGCCCUGAUUCCUCGCUCAGACUCGCGAAAUCCCGCUACGACAUGCAAGGGCAUUACGAAAUCAGGACGACCGUGUAGACGUGCAAUCGAUGCGAGAGAUUCCUCGCACAACAAUGGUGUACUGGCAGUUGCAUCAGUCAUAAGCGACAACGAUGACGAGGAGACGGGUGCAGCAGCGUUCUUUUGCUGGCAGCACAAGGAUCAAGCAGAGCACCUGAUGGCUCCGAACGCUGCAGGGUCUGGUGCGCAAGACACUCAUUUAUAUCCAUUGCAAGAGCGGAAUAGCAUCGAUACGUUGGUAGCACGCUUAGGUGUGCUUGAUAUGGAAGAGCCGGAAACCGCACCACAGCGGAGGCGUAGGCGGAGUAGGCAAGAGAAUUCCACGAGUAGGCCUCCGCGAAGAAUCAAUAGGCCGCCGACCUGGGACCAGGUUCAAGGACCUUUGAUGUCGGUUCCGAGCGACGUGAUGGCAGAGAGGAGACGGCAGAUAAGCCAACGGCCAGAACCUCGAACGCAACGAAAGAAGCGGAGUUUCUGGACGUCGCUGUGCUGCGGCUCGGCAGACGACGACGACGACUAUGUGGAGGUACCUGCUCGACCGCUCAACAAAACAUCACGCCCAUCGGAAACGUCGGCGCUGCUCUCAUAUAUUCCAAAAUCCAUUUCACCACAAACAACGUCGGCGCUCCUUACCGAGCUAUCGAAACCGAUCUCCGGGCAUGACGAAGAAGGAUACAUCUAUAUCUUCUGGCUUACUCCCGAAUCUGCGGGGCCUGCUCCGUCUUCUACAGCAUCAAGCCUACUAGCCCCGCCAACACGUCCAGAGCAAGGCCGGCGCACUUCAGACGUUCUCCGACAGUACUCUGUGCGUCGACCGCAGCGCCCGCGUCUGGAUGCUGCAGAAGAGAAGAACACCAUCCUCUUAAAGAUCGGGCGUGCAAACAAUGUAACCCGCCGCAUGCACGAAUGGACACGCCAAUGCGGCUACAGCCUCUCGCUUGUACGGUUCUAUCCAUACGUUCCUUCGACACCGACAGCAUCACCACAAGGCUCUCCAGCUCACUCGAGGCGGCCGUCCUACAAUAAUCAGCGUCCCCCGGAUCCUGCGCGACGAGUGUCGGAGGGCGUAAGGAAGGUGCCGCACGCGCAUCGUGUGGAGCGCUUGAUUCAUAUCGAACUUGCAGGCCAGCGGGUGACGAAGAAGUGCGAUGCUUGUGGGAAGGAUCAUAGAGAGUGGUUUGAGGUAGAAGCGAGUAAGGAGGGCGUGAAAGGCGUGGAUGAAGUGGUUAAGCGGUGGGUUGAGUGGGCUGAGAGGAAAGAUCAAUCUUGA